GAAACAAACCCAGCAGCAGCUACAGUGUCUGGUCAUGAACUUUAAGUCUUUACUGUGGAUCCUGUUCUUCAUCUCUGUCCAAGAGGUGACAUCGUAUGAGGACGAGUACGACGAUGAUUACGAAACAUACGGUGAUCCGCAGCCACUGAACUGUUCGACUGGAGAGAGCAUCAAAGGUGGAAAUGUUACCUAUUCUCAGGGAGGGCUGGAGGGCAGUGUGCUCACCUAUCACUGCGGCCUGGACAAAUACCCUUUCCCAGUCAGCUCCAGGCUCUGUGGCGCUGACGGGCAGUGGUCGCUCAUGAGAUCAGCCGGUGGCAAACCUGUGACUCGUGCUACGUGCAAAGAUGUGUUGUGUCCUGCUCAGCUCCAGCUGGACCACGGUGACUUCUGGCCCAAGGAUCAGUGGUUUCGUUUUGGAACGACACAGAACUUUUCCUGCAUGGAAGGGUUCACCAUGUACGGCUCAGCCCACAGGAAAUGCACUUUGUCUGGAGAAUGGACAGGAACUCCUCCUGUGUGUGACAACCAUGCUGCUGAUUGUAAUGACCCAGGGAUUCCACCAGGGGCUAAGCUGUCAGCAAGCUCGUUUCACACUGGAGAGAAGAUCGUCUACCAGUGCCAGACUGGUCUAGAUCUGCUCGGGUCAGCUGAAAGGGUUUGCCUGGAGAACAGAGAGUGGAGCGGCUCAACACCACGGUGCCAAGGUCCAAACACCUUUGACCCCCCAAGUGCUGUGGCCAAAGCCAUGGCAGGUUCACUCGCAGGGGUCAUGGACGUCGUCUCAUCAGACUUCAAGAAAAGUGCUGCUACAGCAUCCUUUGGACGAACCAUCCAUGUGUCUGAAGGCAGUCACAUCAACGUCUACAUUUUAAUGGACACGUCAGGCAGCAUCAGGAAGGAGGAUUUUGAAAAGUCCAGAAAUGCCACCGUUGCUCUCAUCAGAAAGUUGGACAGUUAUGAGGUACAACUGAAGUUCCAUGUGCUGUCGUUUGCCACCGAGGUCAAAGACAUCGUGGACAUCACGCAGACAUAUAUAAGCAGCAGCAUUGAAGACGUCAUAUGGAAUCUGAUGGAGUUUGACUACCACAGCCACGGGCGUAAGACAGGCACCAACCUCCACUCGGCGCUGCACCGCGUCAGUGAGACGAUCAGUUUAUUCAAGCAACGCGGCGCCAAGAGCCGCUUUAAUGAGACGCAGAACAUCAUCAUCAUAGAAACAGAUGGUUACGCAAACAUAGGAAACAAGCCUCAAAUUGCUAUGGGCCGGAUCAGACAGCUGCUCGGAUACAGCCUCACAGCCGAGGACCACACAGACGAGACAAUGCUAGACGUCUAUGUAUUUGGUGUCGGGGACCAGUUGAACAAAAAAGAGUUAAACACCUUGGCCUCAAAGAAACGCGGUGAGCAACACGUCUUCAUUUUGAAAGACUACCAGACACUGGGCGAGGUGUUCAACAGUAUCAUAAGUGAUAAGAGUGUGACAAUGUGUGGAGUCGUGCAGGAGCAUGUUUCCAAGGAACACGAGAGCUUCGGGAUCCCAGUCUACUCCAAGCCCUGGCAUGUGACUCUGACAGCACCUAAGUGGGGACCCAAGGUGUCAUGCUUUGGAUCCAUCAUGAGCCGGAACUGGGUGCUGACGGCGGCUCACUGUUUUGCCAGAGCCAGCAGAGACGAAGUCUCUUACCAAGUGGACAUCGAGCACGGUGACGGCAGGGUGAAGUCCAGCAGGGUGAUCCUGCACCCCAAGUACAACACCAGUGCACUCAAACACAGAAAUGUGUCCGAGUUCUAUGACUAUGACGUAGCUCUGGUGCAUGUGAACAGUAUCCCUCUCUCGUGGAAGGCCAGACCCAUCUGCUUGCCAUGUACUGUACCAGCCAGUCGAGCUCUGAAAAGAAUCAACUCCACCUGUCAGCAGCACAGGGCGGAGCUACUACCACAUGAAACGACCCCCGCCUUUUUCAGUCACAAGAACUCGGGCCGCAAACAAACUCACAUUCACACAAAGGGUCAGAGGCCUGACUGUGUCGAGAAAGCAUGGACGACAUUAAAGGAGCCCACGGAUGUGACUUUGAGGGAGUAUGUAACAGACAGAUUCCUCUGCUCUGGAGGAACCUCAGGAUAUCAGGAUGCUGUUACCUGCAAAGGGGACUCGGGUGGACCUCUGUUUUUGCCAAGAAGAAACCGCUACUUUCAGGUGGGCGUGGUGAGCUGGGGAACCACAGACGUAUGUGACCCACGUAACUCGGCUCAGGGACGAUACAGCAGCGACCGUCCGCCUCCCGAUGCCCGGGACUUUUACAUCGACGUGUUUGAGAUCAUGUCGUGGCUGAAGCAGCAUCUGGGCGAGCAGAUCCAGUUCCUGCCUGAAGUCCAGUGAGUGCAUCGAUGGGAUGAAGACAUAAAAACAAGCUCAUGUGUUCACAACUUUAUCUACAAUGUUCAGGAAGAGUCACAAGUAUCCAUCACAGUAUCACAGUAUUACAAACACUGUAAAUGUUCUGUUAACAAAGUAUUAAAUCUUUUUUCUCAGUUUA